CACAUUUUAUAUGCAGUUAAUGUCGUUAGGAUUGAAAGUUUAGAUGACCGUAACGAUGGCUUCUCUUACAGCGAUCGUAUUUCUCAGAUCCAAUUAAGUUUUUUCGAUAGCACAUUUAUGGAUGCUAAGCACAAAACAUUCCAGUCAUCACUUUUAAUUUACUCAAUAGCAUAACGCCAUAAAGAUAAUAUAUAUACAGCAAUUUAAAUGCGUUCAGCGCAAUUCCUUUACUAAGCGCACGAUUAAAGUUUCUGCGUUAGUGACAUAAAUUGUGAUUCAUUAUACAACGAGAGUUUACUUCGGUACUAUAUAAUAUAAUAUAGCGUUAUUAUUGCUACGAGUGGCAAUGGACAGCUGCGCAUGGUGAAGCGAAUGUUUAACACGCACCGAACAGUAUCGCAAUGUCAUGGAAUAAAAGUUUUCGUGGAUUCCCAGGCAGCUGUACGCGAACCGUCCAGACAGACUGCUAUUCGCCUUUGGAAAGUCGAUCAAACAAUACGUUAUAACCGUGCGGUGCAACUCGUGGUGCGACCUGGUGCGCUUUUCGUAAUUUAUUAUUCUUAAAAAAAAAACAACCAGUGAGUGUGUUGUGAAUUUAGAUUUAAAUCGUUUUUUUUUAAUUAUUAAAGCCUUCAAGUUCAACAAAUUGCAAGAUGCCGUGCAAUUGUAAAGUGGAGGAAUCGAGUGCAUCCUCCCAACAUCAAAACGGAUGCGAGAUGAAUGCUCGUCGGAGUUCUGCUGGACAAAACGGCCACCAUCAGCCACAUCGGAAGUCGUUUCAAGAUAAUGGUCAUGGGGAAGUGUGGGAGAACUACGCUGAUGAACCUGUAGAUCGUGAUACUGUUAGGUAUCCUGAUGGCACGGUGCGUCUCCGGAACCCUAACAUCGAGCUAAUGGACCAAGAUAUAUUAUACCACUUGGCCCUCGGCAGUGGUUCUCACGAUCUUGUUGAAAUGUUCGGGGAUGUAAAGUUUGUGUGCAUGGGUGGCACCCCGAAGCGGAUGGAGCAAUUUGCGUACACAAUCAUGGCGGAGAUUGGUCACAAGCUGCCUUGUGGGACCACACUGCAGGAUAUAAGCCAGUUCUCGUACAGGUACUCCAUGUACAAAGUGGGGCCUGUGCUUUGUAUCAGUCAUGGUAUGGGCAUCCCAUCUGUGGGUAUUCUGCUGCACGAGGUUAUUAAGCUGAUGUACCACGCGAAGGUACGCGAUCCUGUGUUCUUCAGGAUCGGUACGUGCGGUGGUAUCGGCUACGAGGGCGGCACUGUUGUUAUCUCUGACGAGGCCGUUGAUGGUGCACUCAGGAAUGUUCUAGAAUUGACGGUUUUGGGUAAGAACAUCCAAAGACCUGCGAAAUUGGACAAGAGGUUGGCGCGUGAACUGAAGGGGCUGGCUGAUCCCGAGGAUCCAUAUGAUACCGUCACCGGAAAGACUAUGUGCACAUACGACUUUUAUGAAGGUCAAGGUCGUCUGGACGGUGCGUUCUGCGAUUUCACGGAAGCUGACAAAAUGGAGUACUUAGAGAGCAUUCACAAGUCAGGCGUCGUCAACAUUGAGAUGGAAUCACUUGCAUUCGCUGCGCUGACGCACCAUGCGGGCAUCAAGGCUGCUGUUAUAUGCGUCACUCUGCUCGAUAGACUGAGGGGCGACCAGGUUUUAGCGCCGAAGGAAGUAUUGGAUGAAUGGCAGCAACGACCAACGAAGCUUGUGUGCCGUUACAUCAAAAGAUAUCUUCAGAUGAAGGGUCGGCUGUCGCUGGACGGACACGGAUCCAUUGCAGUGAAGAGCCCUCGCCGGUUCAAGCUGGUGCAGCAGGAGUCUGAGAACUACGACUAGAGUGUGGCUAGUCACCGCCCACCAUGGAAUUUCCAGAACAGCGAUGGAAUUGGGUUUGCACUAGUUCGGAGCCAUCUGUGCUGAUCGCUCAAAUGUUUACUACGCUCCAACUUUACCUACUUCUUUAGUUUCUAUUUUAUAUGUUUGUUACUUCACAUCUUCGAAAACAUAUAUUUUUUCGACUACUUUUGAAAGUGUACCAAAAAUCUGGAUAUUUUUAAGUAGGAUCGUUGACGAUUUUGUCAAAAGUAAAGAUUUGGUCAGAUUUAUUUGUGUAGGCACGGAAUCGAAUAUUGCUGUGUAUGUAUUUGGUUGGAUAGUGACUCAGAAUCUUUCAUCUUUUAUGAAAAUUAAAAGAAUAGCAGAAGCACUGUACUGCCACAAUAUGGUUUUUUUCAUGUUGACAAAAAAGCGAACAUUAUCUAUGUUACAUUUAACUUAGGCCUUAGGCUAUGCUUUAUGCACGUUGUAACUAAAAUAUUAUUUGGAACUUCCUAAUUACUUAAUUCGAAUCUGAGAUAAAAUACCUUAGCAAGUUAAUAACCAAUUCUUGUUACUUGUUAUAAAAAGACAAAAUAAAGAUAUUAGUGAGUAGGCAAGCUACUUAUCGAAAUAUGUGAUGACACUUAAUUAGUGGUGGAUUAUUGAUGGCCAGGACGUCAAUGUUUUAACUUAAACGUCUCACUACUUGUUAUUUUAUUCCUGUUGAUACCUUUCAGGUUUUUUUCAUGAUACAUAUCUAUUGAAUUAUACUUACUUUAUUAUUGAAAUAUUUUCGUUGAUGUACCCAAUGCAAUGUUGUCAUCAAUUUUCAGAUCAGCUGGCAUUUGGGUGGAAUUAUAGGGUAAUGUUUGUUUUUAUUAAUCCUAGUUGUUCCUCGUGUGCUUAUAGGCUGAGUCACGGUAUGAACGAAUCGAAGUGCGUUGCUAAAUGCUAUGAAUGCAUUAUUUUAAUAUUUUAAAGCUAGGUACAAUUGUACAAAGGUGUUCGUUUGGUUAUGUUGUUGCACAAACUGUAUUAGCGACAAAUGUGAUAAUAUUUGGCAGUAGUGUAAUGUAAGGACCACGACAAACGUUCAGAUUCUUUGUCGGCGAUGUUCGUCCUCCUUCAGACCUUCGCAUUACUUUCACACCUUGCACGGUGACAGCUUGGAAGUUGGACAUGAACAAGUGCCUCUACUUACAUACUCAUUAAUAUUCUUGACAGUGGCACUGAAAGGUUGUCUGCGUUAAUGAAAUAUUGUUCUAAUAUCACUUGUGACGGAAGUGAAGGUAAACUUGUUAUAUGGCAUUUAUAUUAAUAUGUAGGCGCCUGCUCGGCCAGCAACCAGUGUCACGUACUAUCACUUGUAUUUACUGCACUUGUGCCUGCGAAUGUUCACAUGUCAAUAAAUCACUUGUAUUUUAAAAGGACAACUGUUUAUAUCACUAGCCUGUUUUUAAAUCUGCAUCGCCAUCAGACAAUCGUACGUUUGUUCUAUUGAUUUAUUGUGCUUCCACGAAUGGUUAUUGUUGAUAAUUUAUGCACGAAGCGUUGUCAACAUGCUUUAUAUGUUACAAGAUAUAAGUAUAUCUAGAAUAAGAUAUUCCAGUUAUCUACGUUGAUGUAGUUUUCAUAUUAUAAGAUUAUCUGAUAAUAAGAAUGUUAUCAUUAAAAUUAAUCAGCUUACUAUAAGGUUUAAGAGUAAUUAUUAUUUUUAUUUAUUUAUUAUGAAAUGACCAAAUCUUAUCUCAGCCCGAUGCGUUACAUCGGGGAUGUCACUCAAGUAACUUGUGCGUCAGGCUAAAGUUUUGCAGACGUAAGCAAGUUUAUUGUUAAUCAUGAUAGUGAUAAGGCCAACGCUACGAUACGAUAAAAUUAAAUUAUUAUUAGAAUAAUCAUGAUAGUCCUAAUUAUAGCGUUGUACUAAAUGUAUUUAGUUCAUAUUUAGCCUCUUGAGUGCAUCGAUAUGAGACACAAUAGAAAAUACAUUGUCUCGCGUGGAUCCGCGUUAUAGACACACGAAAGGUUAAAUAACAUUAUACAACUGUAGUUCAAUUUAUAGAGUUAUUUUGUUGAUGUUACAAUUUAAACAUAUCUUACUAUAUAUAUAUAUAUAUAUAUAUAUAUUUACAUCCUAGAAUCUUUUUGGCGUCAUGCACGUCGCGCAACAUUAUGACGUCCCCCAGUUCCCCUUAACUUUUUUCAUAUGUCUUGAUGAAUAUUGCUUAGUUAUUCGAUUUCCAGCUUCGUAGGAUACGUCAUUUUCCGAUAAUUUUAUUUUUCACGAUAUUCUUCUUGCAGUCAUGCUGCAACAUUUUUGAACCCCAAACAAUGGUGAUAACAAAUUGGGCUCCUAGAUAUAUUGAUCGUGAUUUAACCAUGGCAUCGGCUAAUUAACGUCCCCACACCGUGGAUGGUAUUUGCGAGUGCAACGUUGCCAGCUUUGUGUUCACUUGUCUCUUUCUUUUACUAUCACUCGUCUGGUAGUACAAAAUUUCAACAUUAUUCCAAUAUUCACAAAAAUUAUCGAUACAUAAUUAUAUCAAUGCCCGGAUUUGAUAUAAUAAUGUUAUCUACUAGUAGGUGCCUACUUUAUAAUUAUUAUACUACCUAUCAAUAUUGAUGGAAUGAGCAAGAUGAAUUAAUUGAAUUUAAUUGGUACAUCAGAUAGUGUAAGAUAAGAUGAAAAAAUUUGAGGAUCCUGAUAAAUGACAUGGUAAUGGCAGGAGUCUCUUGCGGAGGCUGACGAAGGAUAUGCGCGCGAAGAAUGUUUCUUCCUCAGCAGGUAUCAUGUAAGAUCACCUAGCUAUCGAACGUCCGUAUAUUGCUAUUGGGCGUCCGUAUAUAGCUAUUGAACGUCCAUAUAUAGCUAUUGGGCGUC